AUGGACGACCCGAACGGAUGUAACCAGAGGAGAAGAGCUCGUCAGAUCUACGAGGAAGAAGACGAUAGCAAAACGAUUCGGCGCCGUCAAGCAAACCAAGUGGUGAACGAACCUCAAAACGACGACGCACAGGCUGAUGGCGACGACGAAGGACUUCCUCUUUCGCUAAGCUUGGGUCCAACAUCGUAUUACUCUCAGAUCCCAACGCCGGCGACGUCAUCGCUUCGUUUAGCACCACCACCGUCGCGUUUUGAUCUACCUCCGACGAUCUGGCAGUCACCUGAUUUUAUGGCGCGGAUGGCUUCGUCUCAUUCUUAUUUCAUGACGUCGCCGCCGAAUAUGUCAUCGUCGUCGCUGAGCAACAAUCUGUACCAGACCGGGUAUCGAGGAUCGCCAACACCGACGAUGCAGUCACCGCUUGGACCGCCGGUUAGUUACUUCCCCCCGUCAGGUUUCGCCCCUCCGUCAAAUCCGACUCCGGCGAGACCAGUGAGAUCAGUAGCCCCCGAGGAUGAGCCACGACGGGGUUCCAGAUCACAAGCGAAAGAGGAUACGAUUCCGCCGCCGUUUCCGUGGGCGACGAAUAAGCGAGGGUGGAUACACAGCCUCGAGUAUCUCGAAUCGAAACAGAUCACCACAAUCACCGGAGACGUACAAUGCAAAAACUGUGAGAAAGUGUAUCAGCUAAGCUACAAUCUGAAGGAGAGAUUCGCGGAGGUUGAGAACAUUUUCGUGACGCGGAAAAGGAUCAUGAGGGAACGAGCUCCUUCGAACUGGACAAAUCCGGAGGCGGCGAGGUGUGAGCAUUGUGGCCGUGAUAAGGCGGUGAAGCCAGUGAUUGCGGAGCGGAAGAGUCAGAUUAAUUGGUUGUUUUUGCUUCUGGGACAGACGUUGGGCUAUUGUACAUUGUCGCAGCUGAAGAAUUUCUGUAAACAUUCAAAGAGCCACCGCACCGGAGCUAAAGAUCGUGUGCUCUACUUGACGUAUCUGGGUCUUUGCAAGAUGCUCGAGCCUAACCGUGAGCUCUUUAACCGUGAGCCGUUUAGGAGGUAA